GCCGCCUCUGCUCCACUCUCCACACACUCUAUCUCUCUCUCUCUCUCGAUCUCGAUCUCGAGAUCCAGUAAUGGAGGAAUCUCCGGCGAACGCCGGCGAUCUCGCCUGCGGGGGGCGGGAGGGAGCUACGCCGGCGCCGGAGCUCGGAUCGGAGGGUCUCGCCGCUGGAGGCGGCGGCAGCGGAUCGGUGGGGGAGGGGGCGGCGGUGCAUCCUAGGGUUUCAUCGCUUGCGGCGGCGAGCGCGGCGAGGUACAAGGCGAUGUCCCCGGGCCGCCUCCCCAUCGCCACGCGGGCGCCGUGCCUCACCAUCCCCCAAGGGUUCAGCCCCUCCGCCCUCCUCGAAUCCCCCGUCCUCCUAACCAACAUCAAGGCUGAGCCCUCCCCAACUACUGGAACCUUGAACAUAUCUUAUAUGAUGAAUAGAUCUGUUCAUUCGAGCAAACUAUCUUCUCCAAGGGAGACUUCUAAUAGUGUAUACAGUGAUAAGAGUUCAGGAGAUUUUGAAUUUAAGCUUCAUGCCGGAUCCUCUUUGCACUCAGCAGUGCCUUCAUUGCUACCUCAAGAUUCUGCUGAUGGUAAGUUAGAAGAGUGCGAGGCUUCUGUACAGAUUCAAAGUCAAGUUCAGAAUCAUAAAUCUGCCCCAGUAAUUCCUCAAACUGCAUUAACCCAACCUAUUGAAAAUAUCACUUUAAAGGCUGGGGUGCACUCCGAAAUAGCUUGUGAUGAGCUACAGCAAAUAGACAGUUCAGAUAAGACCAUGCAGGAACUACAGUCCAAUCUGAGCGGAUCUGCUCCAUUGCCUGUACUUGAAAAGUCUGCAGAGGAUGGCUAUAACUGGCGCAAAUACGGGCAGAAACAUGUUAAAGGAAGUGAAAACCCUAGGAGUUAUUACAAAUGCACACAUCCUAAUUGCAAUGUAAGAAAGCAGUUGGAACGAUCCCAUGAUGGGCAGAUCACUGAAAUCAUCUAUAAAGGCAAACAUGAUCAUCCUAAACCCCAGCCUAACCGCCGGUCGGCAGUGGGUGUUCUCUCUAGCCAAGGAGAAGAAAAAGCUGACAGUCUCGUGAAUGCUGAAGAUAAGUCGUCGAAUGCUCUCGACCACCUUUGUAAUCAUGUCAACCCUAUUGUUACUCCUGAGCUAUCUCCUGCCUCAGCCAGUGAGGAUGAAGUUGAUGUUGGCUGUGGACAGUCCAACACCAUUGAUGAAGUUGCUGAUGAUGAUGAUCCAGAGUCAAAACGCAGGAAAAUGGAUAUAACAACUAUCGAUGCUGCCACAAUUGGUAAACCUAACCGUGAACCACGUGUGGUUGUGCAAACUGUGAGUGAAGUCGAUAUCUUGGACGAUGGGUACCGAUGGCGCAAAUAUGGGCAGAAAGUUGUGAAAGGAAAUCCUAAUCCAAGGAGUUAUUACAAAUGUACGAAUAUAGGAUGCCCUGUCAGGAAACAUGUUGAGAGGGCGUCGCACGAUCCAAAGGCAGUAAUCACCACAUAUGAGGGCAAGCACAACCACGACGUACCCGCUGCAAGGAACGCCAGCCAUGAGAUCUCCGCCCCGAUUCCGAUGGUGACAAACAGUUCAAACCUUAUCAGCAACCGUAUGCCUGCUGCUCUCUCUUCUAUAUUAAGCAUAGGAAACCCUAGGGUUACCUCCCAUCAGUACACCCAACUAGCGGGGAGUGACACAGUCAGCCUCGACCUUGGUGUUGGUAUAAACCCUAACCAUGGGAACGCAGGAAACGAGAUACAAUCCUUAGGAUCAAACCAAAUACAACAUCAUCAAUCGACACUAUAUGGGUCUAGAGAAGACGACGGUGAGGGUUUCACCUUUAAAGCAACACCGAUGAAUCAUUCGGCUAACAUGUAUUAUACUAGCGCGGGGAAUUUAGUGUUGGGUCCUUGAGUGAGAUUAUCCGAGGGUAAUCUCUCUCUCUCUCUCUCUCUCUCUCUCUGUAUAACUGCUUGCAACUUAAAUAUAUCUUCUGAUUGUUUAAGUUACAAUAAAAACAUGGGAAGUGAUCUGGGCAACUUGUAUAGUCUUGUACUAUAUAAUUAUUGCAGUGCUUUAUAGAGAGGCUGAGCUACACUAUCCUGGAAAUGUUCAAUUUGGAUCUUUUGCGUAGUAUAGGAAGCUUGUUCUUGGUUCUCCUUUUUUUUUUUUUUUUAUUAAAGCUGUCAUUGAAGUUGCAUUUACCUUGUAAUCUUAUGAUCAAUGUGUACAUGUACAAUAUUUUUAGGGUUGAGAAACACUUCCCAAGGUUGGUGUAAUGCUAUGAUCAAUAUAAUUAUAUCUA